GUUCAUUUACAGCUGGAAAUUCGGAUUGGAGCUUCAGCUCAUUCUUUAUUCUUUUUCUUUUCUUGUUUUCUGAGCAGGUCAUGUCGCGGUUGAGCGCUCGCCGGCUGGCAAUACUCACAGCCAUGAUUGCGCUGCUGUGGGCUGGCUACGUGUUUGUGUAUGCCCCGACGCAUGGACGGUGGAUGCAGGCGACGGAAAGCCACCCUGGAUUCCCAGGCGUCCCGCCCCACCCGCACGACCACGAGCACCACCACCACCGCGGGGGCCACGCCAUGGGCAACGAAGGCCAAUUCGGCCAAGGCGAAGCUCAGGACCUCGCCCCUCGUCGGUUUGUGAAGCGGCCUCGACCAGGCGUCGUUUCUCAGCAAGGCGACGCCGAAGAGCGACUGCCAGCCAUGUCGCUGAUGACCUCGGCAAGCGAGUCUGACUUGCAGCGCGCAUAUCCGUCCGCCACCUCGGACAGCGGACGCUGGGCGACGUACGUGGAGACAGACAAGCCCGUGUAUCGCCCGGGAGAGCGCGUGUAUGUGCGCGCACUCGUCGUCGACGCCCUGACACGCCAGCCCAUGCCGCUCGACCAGAGCUUCCAGUGCUCUUGGCUCGGUGACGUGGCACCCGUCUCGGACGAGACUGCGAGUCAGCUGGGUGCCACGUCUGCCAUGUUUGCCACGCAUGAAUGCACGCGUACCGUGGAGAUCAAGGGUCCGUCGGGCGCGAUUGUCGCCGCGUUCGAAUCGCUCGCUGCCAACAACUCGGUCAUGUCGACCAUCUGGACCAUUCCGCGAGACUUGCCCGGCGGCGACUACAAGAUUCUCAUCAAGUCGUCUACCGAUCGUGCUCCGCCAGCAGAGCGCGUGUUUGCAGUGCGCCAGUUCUCCAAUCCCUCGUUGAUUCUAUCGCUGGACUUGGACAAGAAAGCAUACAAGAUUGGCGAUCGUGUCGAGGCGACGUUGACGUCGAAGCGCACUGAUGGAACGCUUACCUCACGGGCAACGAUCGAGUACCGUCUUCACUCCCGCGAUGGGCUUUUGGCUUUUGGAUUUGCCGAGCUUGACAAGCCUGGCCAGGCCAGCUUUUCGUUCACGCUGUCCAACAGCUUGGUCGACUCCCCGACUCUUUCCGUGACCGUGAACGACGACGGAAAGCUCGAGACCACGGCGAAAACGGUGCCGUUGAUUCAGACGACCGUUGUUCUCCGCGUCUUCCCCGAGAGUGGAGCAGUCGUGCCCGGACUUCCGGCAGGUCUCUACGUCGAAGCCAUCAGCCCAAAGUCGGAAAACAACCAAGAUCCAGACAAGGAGGAGCCCGUCGAUGUCACUGUGGAGCUCGUUGAGCGCAGAGUACCCGCAGGUGCACAUGUGCGACAGGCCACCCUGAAGGUCAUUGCGACCGCCGCGACCAAGCAUGAGGGUCGAGCCCAUCUGUCGUUUGUGCCUGUCGAUGUUGCCACCAACGUUGCAGAUGCCGAUCCGGCUGGGGGUGCGCUCCACGUCUCGUACUUUCUUCGAGUGAUCAGCCCGACUCAAAUCACCUCCACGGUCGAGGUGCCCAUCGGCGUGUCUGGCGUAGCAACUGUGACCAACGCCCGUGUCGAGGGCAACAUGGUGCACGCCGAGCUGAGUACUCUUCGUGUUGGCAAGUACAAGGUGGUUCUCGCACGUCGCGAGCUCGACAUUGACCAACGCGAAGUCCGCGUGACCUCGCGGCAGACUCCGACGUCCUUCUCUCUCAACGCAGGCAGCUACGACGGUGUGCUGCGUGUGGUUGUGCUGGAGCCGAGCCCCAUUCACCCAAAUUCGGAAUUCCGCGUCGUCGCUGUCAAGACAGUCUUCCGCCAUCCCGCAGCUGCCAUGCAACUUGUGGCCGAAGUGGUCAGCCCCGAAAGCCAGCUGAUCCCAUCGGGCAGCGUCACUGUGAAGCUGACGGCGCGCGAUGCGAGUGGGCACGCUGUUCGUGAUGCGCUCAUCGGCGUGCAUGUCACGGAUGAUUCUGCCCUCACUCUCGUGGAGCGCCGUCGGCGCGCAGCGUCCGUUCCAGUGCAAGCUUACUUGGGCGACGAAGCGCGACACAUGCUGGAUGCACCUGCGUACAACGAAUUAUUCGAGGCUCCUGAGCCGAACGAUGCUUCCGUCUAUGACGAAGCCUCGCUUCAAGAGAAGAUUGAUCUGCUUCUCGGAACCCAGGGCUGGGUGUGGUCUGAGGAUUCCUGGGGCUCACUGAGUGCCGUGCUCUACGGUGAUGAUGAGAAUGUCAAUGGCAAGCGCAAGCGCACGCUAGGCACUUCGAUGAUUGAGCCCAUGUUCCGACGAGGUGGAAUGCGUAACCGAAUGUUUGCCAAUUUGGCAGGCGGUGCCGCGCCCGUUAUGGAAAAAAUGGCCAUGGCGAUGGCAGCGCAAGACGAUGGUGUCGAGUUUGCCAUGCCGGCACCCCCGAUGGUUGACAUGGCUGAAGAUGCUGCAGCUGCCGCCGUUCCCAUGUUGGCGAACGCAGCGGCGCCUGAUGUGUUCUUUGCCGCUGAAGGCGAACUUGCCGCAAUGGAACCCAUGGCACCUGCGCCUCUCGACCACGAUGCGGACGCCCCUCUUCCUCCAGAUGCUGGUUUUGCACCGGCCGGUGACAUUGCGAUUGGCGGGAUGUUCAAGAAGCGUCCUCCAGUUUACAUGCCAGUCCGCGAUAACUUGUCGCUGCUGAGGCACUUUUCGCACAAGCCGCGAGCAAACAAGACGCCUGGUGUCCGUGACGACUUUUCUGAAACGAUCUUCUGGGCUCCGAGUCUUCGAACCAACGCACAAGGUUCAGUUCUCAUCAGCUUUUCACUCUCUGACGCCGUCACCAGCUUCCGUGUCGUUGCCGAUGGCGUUGCACGAGUGGCCGGAUCGAAUUCGUCUUCGUUUGGAUUUACUCAGCGGACUCUGGUGACGUCGAAGCUCCCCUUCCAUCUCAACACUGCCUUGCCGGCGCACGUUACGGCUGGCGAUUUGCUGCUCGUCCCCAUCACGCUCAGCAAUCCAGGCACGACCAGCGCGACAAUUGACUUGGUUGCUGCGGCAAACGUCUCGUGGUGCAUUCCGCUGGACAGCACGAGUUUGCCUCUGGCGCACAUUACGGAAAAGCUCGUGAACGCAUGGAAGCCAUCGGAUUCCUCUCAGACCCGGGGUGAUGUCAGCAGUGUUCUGGCUCAGUUUCCCUUGGCAAAGUACGCACACGACUGGACUGCGUGGAAAACGGCUGGAAUUCGGCUGCAGACGUCAGCAGAGGGUCUGGCCUACGCAGCCUCCGGGGUGGUCAUUCCAAGCGGACAGACGCUGCGCACUUACAUUCCGUUCUUUGUGGCAGCCGCUGCAGAAGGGCCCUUGCAGGUUUCCGUAGCGGCAAAGAGCGCAAGCCCUUCGUUCUUUGCCGAUGUUCAAGUCCGUUCCACCACUGCUGUUGAGCGCGGUUUCCCUAUCACGCUGUCCCUAGGCGGUGUGAUUCCGGACGAGGAGGCUGGAUUUGAGCACGAGCUGGUCUUUGGCGACUCGGCCAUUGCGCUUUCCGACCAGUCCACCUUUUUGGUGUACUUGUCUCCCAUCGCCUCGCUGACUGCCGCCAUCAAAGCGCUCAUCCAAGAGCCGUAUGGCUGCUUUGAGCAAACCAGCUCCACCACCUACCCGCUGACGAUGGCGCUCCAGUACAUGAUCUCGCAUCCCGACGAAGGCUUUGACGUCGAGGGUGCACGCGCAAUGCUCGAGCGCGGGUACCAACGGCUCAUCAGCUAUGAGGUCAAAGAUGCGCCCGCAGCAGCUGGCACGGUUCCAGGUGGCUUUGAGUGGUUUGGUGCGGCACCCGCGCACGAGGCAUUGACCGCGUACGGACUGUUGCAGUUUAUCGAGAUGGCGCAAGUCCUGAACGUCGACGCUGAAAUGCUCGAGCGCACCAAAACCUGGCUCCUCUCCCGGCGCGACGGCAAGGGCCAGUUCUUGCUCGAUGCAAAGCAACUAGACAGUUUUGGUGGUGCGCCGAAAGACGUGACCAACGCGUACAUUGUCUGGGCACUCACUGCAGCUGGCCUCCGCGGUCUUGAGCCCGAGAUUGAAGCCUUGUAUGCCGACUACGAACAGGGCAACAAGGACUCGUACUAUGUCGGAUUGCUGGCCGCUGCCCUGUACAAUGUGGGCGAUCGCAAGCGAGGCUCUGAGCUUGCCCUGCGUCUGCAUGCGUCUCAACAGGAGGAUGGUCAUGUGACCAAUGCGGCCACGACCAUCACGCGGUCCUCGGGUGAGUCGUUGGAUAUCGAGACGACCAGCAUUGCCAUUCUCGCCUGGAUGAAUGACUACACUCAAAAUGCCGCCGCCAUCGAGUCUGCACUGCGAUGGCUGGCGACUCGGUGCGCCGAGGGACGAUUUGGCUCUACCCAAGCGACCGUGCUUGCGCUCAAGGCCAUCAUGCAGUACGAAGCGACCGCCACUCGUGUCCGCGAGAGCGGUGUGGUGACUGUGAAGGUGGAUGGCGACGUUCUUGGUCAAGUUCCGUUUGACGCCUCUACCACAGGCGCACAGCCGCUGACGAUUGACUUGUCGCGUCUGCGUCUGCUCGAGCGCCCUCCCUCCAACGACCCGCAGGCAACACUAACUGCUUUCAACGUCGUCGCAUCCACGGCGUCUCGUCGUCGUACGUUGAGUGUGAGCGUGAGCGUGCCAAAACUGCGCUUGCGCUUCUCCUGGACAACCAAGUACCGCGCCAAUGAGGCCGCGGGAGUACAGCGCUCAACUCUGGCCGCUCCAGGAGAUGGCCACCGGCAAUCAUCGCGCGUGCGCCUCAGUCUUUCGCUCAAUCCGCCCCACCCUGCCUCUGCCGACUUUGUCGAAGGACAGAUGGGCAGCGUUGUCGUCAAUAUUCAGACCGAUCGCACUGGUUUGGAUGCAAAGUCUGUCGCAGGUGGAACCGGCAUGGUUGUUGCCAUCGUUGCUCUUCCUUCUGGGUUUGAGCCGCGCCAGGAGCAGCUCCAAGAAUGGGUCCGACAGGGCGACGUGAGCUUCUACGAGCUUCGCGAUCGGGACGUCAUCUUGUACUGGAGGUCAAUGCCCUACAGCCAGGACGCCAGCCGGCCCCAAUCGUCCGUGACCUCGCUCGUGCUGGACGUCCUCGCCAAGACUCCAGGACAGUACACGGCAGAAGCUUCGCGAGCGUACGUGUACUAUCACGACGAGGUGAAGGAUUGGCACAAGCCACUGCAAGUCAGAAUUGUGCCCAAAUCGUUGGUUUGAACGCGAAGGUCUUUUGUAAAGUCAGAGUGUGUUGUGUGAUACUCCUGUGUGUUCUGUGACAUGGUCUCUGGAGCGACUGCACGAUCAGUGAGCAUCCGUUGUGUAUUUUCGGUUCAUGAGGCGUUUUGGUUGGGAAUUUAAUAGAUUCAAUAGUUGAGGAAAAAAAAAAAAAAACAAACUUGAUGAAAAUGCAUGUUCAGAGAACCUGCGUGCUGUUCGAAUUGGAAGUAUUGUUCGCA